CUAUUAAUGAGCAGCAUACAACAACUACCAACAGACAUACUUGAAUAUAUCUUUAGACAGAUCUCGAGACUAAGUUUAUUAGAGUGCCGACUUACUUGUUUGCAAUGGCAUCCAGUUGCUUCAAAACAUUUGUUCUAUGAAGCUAAAAUAGACCAUCGCCAUAGUUUGAAGGCUUUCUUGAAGCUCAACCGAAAGCAAAUCUCAAACAGGCUAAUUCAGCCUGGAAUGUUUAUUAGAAAAGUAAGAAUGAUGUACUGUUUAUGCAUUCCCGAUGAAAAAGGUGAAGUGUUGUCGUAUCACGAUUUCGAAAAACUGGUCAAAUGCUGCCCGAAUAUCGAAACCCUCCACCUUUCUUCGUUCCUUUUUUUAAACUGUAUGGUAGCUCAUUUGUUCAAAAUGGAUGAUGAUAUAAAGUGGAAACUACGAAAUUUAAACACUGUAUGUGAUGAUAACACAGUCUUAAAAUUGCAUGCCAACUCUAAAGACUCUGUUGAACUGAUCUCUAAGCGUCAUGAUGUAGACACAGUACAGUUCUUUAGAAAAUAUCCAGCACUUCAAGAUGUCAAAUUAUCUUCUCCUCUACACAUCAAAGCUAUGCAAGAUUUUGUGCGUAUAUUUGAUGUAUCCCCCAAUUUAUCUAAACUGGAUGUAGUCAUUGAAACAAAAGACCUGGCACAAUUUGUUGUCAAUGAAAAGAAGCACCCUUCUUUGAAGACUUUAGACAUCACAGUUCUCACAUCAUUGAUACCAAAGCAAUUGCUCGAUUAUUUCACUGAAAGAUUUGAUCGCCUCUCUCAUAUACACAUAUACAUAAAUCAAAAUGAAGAGCUCACAAACUUUCCUGAAGUUUACAAUGGGUUACUGAACUUUUUGGUCACUCGCCCUGAAAAUUCUUUUUUUCAGUUAACGUUGAACAGAAGAAUGCAGCAAGUUGACAAUAUGAUUUCUGAAUGUAUAAGCAACACUUUUGGACUACAGCUCAUGGAAUCAAAUGUAUAUAACUCUAUAAAGAUUUUCAAAAGAUCAAAUACUACAAAACGAAUGGCAAUCACAGCAAGCUUGAAAAAGUUACCCAACGAUACAGUCGUUCGUGAGCUCGCUUUGCAGAUAGCAGAUCGUGGAGGAAGACUUUUUUCACAACAAAAUAUAGACAGAACGCCACCAAAUAUACAUAAACUCUACAUAAACCUAAAGAAUCAAAGCACACAUUUAUCGCAGGAUAUCUGUUUAUUUAUACAGAAAUGUCAAGAACUUUGGGGCUUGACUAUUUGGAGCGGCUGCUUGUAUACAUUUCAUGACUUGGUUUAUGAAUCAAUCAAGGUCUUACAAGUGCAUGGAUCUGAAUUUGAUCCUAAUUUCCUUCGAAAAUUGUCAAUCAGCUGCCCCAACUUGGAAGAGCUCUACUUGCAAUCCAUUGACAUUCUUAUUGAAGGAGAUAGUGAUGACAUUUUUGACGCAGCUAAUGAUGACGGUGCUGAAGUAAACUUGGUGGAUAUGUCACUGCAAAAGCUAUCUCUUGAUACGCGAGUCAUUAAUCCUUAUGAAAGGAAUUGGAAACAAGAACUUGUAUAUGUUACAACACAUAAAGGACGCACAAAUAUUUUAAUAGAGAAUAUCAGUAAGCUUACGAUAUUGACAACAGAAAAAGCCGUUGAAGUCAAACGAUGUAUGAAGCCUCUAGUUCAAUAUAAUAUUCGUUGCCAUGAUGUUGCUCGUUUUGAGAUAAAUGACAUUGAAGUUCAGCUUGUACAAUAAAACGCACUUCUGCUUCUCUGUAAUUCUCAAAGGCGCUAUUGUGCUCAUUGAUUAACAAAAAAAAAAGACAACACAUAUUGAG